GGCACGACAGCCUGCGUGAUAGAUACGCCACUUUGCGUAUGCGUAUCACUGCACACAUGCUGAUUCGCCCUCUCUUGUACGUACGUGAGUGGCUGCACUGCACUCUCCGCCUAUGCGGAUACACCGCGGGCGCACUCACUGAGCAUACUUGCUCUCUCGCUCCUCUCUCUCGCUGUAUGACUCAGCGUAUAUUCGCUCGCGUUGGAUACGAGUCCAGUCUGCGCACUCACAUUCCAUGUGUCUGGACAGCGUGACGCCGUUGCCGCCAGCACAUUUCUUUCUCUACAUUUCAUUACGCUCUAGAACUAGCUCGCAGCAACUUGACUUGCUGAUUUCUGCCAGACACUGGCCUUUGUUGUGUUUUUCCCCGCAUUCACGCGGCAUUUGCUCCACUUUAUUUGUACAAUAAAGUCAUCUGUGAGCUCUCUGUGCUUGCCUGUCACAGUGGCGUAUCUACGGUGUAUAGCUACUCUACAUAUCUUUGGAUCCAGUUACGUGGAAUUCUCUGAUAUCUGUAAUUCGGUAAAAGUAUCAGACAAUCAUGACUUCGCUAAUUUAAUCAUUCCAAGAAACACGGAAAGAUAACCGUCAUGCGGCAUGCCACAAUCUGCACGCAGUUAAUUAAUGUGUUACCAAUUCACCAUGGCACAAAAGGAGCAAAAACAUUUUCUCCUCGUCUCUGUCCCGGGUUACGGACACACCAUCCCCAUGGUAGGAUUGGCGAGGAAGCUGGCAACUCGCCAACACAAAGUCACCUUCGUCAUCUGCAAAGCUGCCGUGGAGCACAUUCGCAAGAAACAAGAGAUUACACCGGAAGAUGAGAAAUCCAUCCACGUUGUCGGACUGGAAGACGGCAUCGCGGAGAAUGAAUCGGAGGAUAUCGUCUGCUACACAUCCUUUUUAGGGUUUAAAGACCACGGCGUCCCGGCAAUGCAAAAACUCAUCAAAGGCCUCCCUGUCGCUGGACAGCCCCCCACGGAUGCUGAAGAACGCUAUGGUAUCAAAGUGCCGGUUAAUGCAUUGAUAGCGGAUAUUUUCAUUGCAGCCAGUUUAGUCGGAUGUGUGGAGCGCAAACUGCCCUACUAUUUUCUAAACUGUUCGGCCAUCGGACCGUUCCGCAGUAUGCUGUACGUCACCGAGCGCACACCGGUAACCGAGAAGAACGACUUGGAAAGUUUCGAGACUAUCCGCCCUGAGUCGGAAGGCCCGCAACCGGCCAUUGGUCAAAUGAUGAAGGGGAUGUGUUUAGCCAUGAACCAAUUCUUGUCUACCGGCAACGGAAUCCUCAUCAAUUCUUUCCGGGAAAUUGAACAGCGUUUUAUCGACGAGAUCAAGCAGGAUUCCCGUAUGAGCAACAUGGACUAUUACUGCGUUGGACCGUUUAUGCCGGAAGAGAAGGACGAUAAAAAUCCCAGCCACGCCGAACUCGGACAAAAGGUCACACGUUGGUUGGACCGUCAAGCUGAUAAUUCCGUGGUGUAUGUGUCGUUUGGCUCUGUGGUCGUUCCCAACGAGAGCCGUAUCGUGGAGAUUGCUAAGGCUCUGCAGGCGCUGAAAAAACCAUUCAUCUGCUCGAUCCGCCAGCAUCAGCAAUCCAUUCUGCCGGGUGAUGUACGCGUCGGCAUCGAUACACACUUGGAUAAUCCGGAAGCGCCAGGACUGUUUCUGCACUGGGCGCCUCAGAAACUGAUUCUGGCCCACCGAGCCACAGCGGUUUUUGUCAGCCAUUGCGGAUGGAAUAGUACUAUUGAGAGUUUGUUCAACGGCAAGCCGAUUGUGGGUUGGCCGAUUUUUGGGGAUCAACUGGAGAAUUCCUUGUGGAUUGAAGAGAUGGGUUUGGGAGAGUCAUUGCUUCGUCGCGAGCACGCUGAUAAUGAUGAAGAGAAAAAGAACAUCACCAGCGAAAAAAUUGCCGCAGCUGUCCGGCGCGUUGGAUAUGAGAGUGAUGUGGCACGGAAGUCGGCGCUGAAAUGGAAGGACAAGAUUCGAGAGGCCGUCGCACCGGGUGGAAGUUCUAACCGUGAACUGCAAGACUUUAUUGAUGCCGUGGUGUAAUAAGUCUGUGUCAACUCGGGCUAAAUUAUCGAAGCGAUAUGACAUUGUGGGUUGUGGCUUAUAUUGGCUAUUUUGCUGACAAUUAAUAAGUGCAUUUGUAACGUUUCCUCCUUUAAUUCUAUGUUUUGCGUAGCUUCUCUGUUGCUUUAUUCUCGAUGUUAUCGAGCUGUCACUACAUAGUUGAUACAAAAGUACGUUGCGUGAAAUGCAUUAGGUUCGAUUAAUUUAAAAAAAAUUU